GCAAGCGUGUGCUCGUACGGGAUCACGGACCAGAGACACAGAGACAGUUUACCAGCUCUCCUAAGAAGAAUAAAAGACACGCAAUACAAAAAUAUGAAUGAAUUACAUGGGUUCUAAUAUGUUGGGGGAGACCAACCCUAUAGAUUGAAGAGCUGAGCCGAACAAUAAGGAAACGCCCAUAUUAAAGAUGACGGAGGGCAGACUGUGCCAGGUGCAUCUCCUUGAUGACAGGAAGUUGGAGCUGCUGGUUCAGCCCAAGCUGUUGUCACGAGAGCUCCUAGAUUUGGUGUCCUCCCACUUUAACCUCAAAGAGAAGGAAUACUUUGGCCUAACAUUUACUGAUGACACUGGUCAGUGUAAAUGGUUGCAACUAGACCGUAGAGUUUUAGACCAUGACUUAUCCAAGAAGAAUGGACCUAUUGCUCUCAACUUCCUGGUCAGGUUUUAUAUCGAGACCAUAACCCUACUAAAAGACAUAACAACAGUGGAAUUAUUCUACCUCAAUGCAAAAUAUGCCAUCUACAAUGGGGGCAUAGAAGUGGAGAGCGAAAAUGUCUUCAAACUAGCAGCAAAUGCUUUGCAGGAAGCAAAAGGAGACUACACAAGUGAUGAAAACACCAGAACGGACCUAAAGAAACUUCCAACUCUUCCCACCAAAGUGCUAAAGGAGCACCCUUCUCUUGCAUAUUGUGAGGACCGAGUGAUUGAGCUCUACAAACAGCUAAAAGGAGUCUCCCGAGGGCAGGCCAUACUGCAGUACCUGACUUUAGUAGAAUCUCUGCCCACAUAUGGUGUUCAUUAUUAUGAAGUCAAGGACAAGCAGGGGAUCCCUUGGUGGCUUGGAAUCAGCUACAAGGGAAUUGGCCAGUAUGAUUUACAGGACAAACUUAAACCAAGAAAGCUGUACCAGUGGAAGCAGCUGGAGAACCUGUACUUUAGGGAGAAGAAGUUUGCUGUUGAGGUUAACGACCCACACAGGAGAGCAGUAACCAAGCGCACUUUUGGCCAGACAGGCCUGGUCAUUCACACAUGGUAUGCCAGCCACUCCCUAAUCAAAACCAUCUGGGUGAUGGCUAUUAGUCAGCAUCAGUUUUACUUGGACAGAAAGCAAAGCAAAGUCAAAGUAUCAGCAGCAAGGAGCUUAGAGGAAAUUGCCAUGGAUUUAACUGACCAGCAAGGGGGGUCAAAGAUAACCAGACUGGGAGAUGCAGGGUUAAAGAACAACCUCAUCAUGGCCAGCAACGGUAGCCUUGUAUCCACAGGGUCAGCUGACUCUGAGGUAAAUGAAGAACUGAAGAGGGAGAAGAUCUCUGAGCUUAGAAAGAAGGAACAAGAGAUCCAGGAUGUCCUAACCCAGAAAACAAAAGAACUGAAGAAAAUCUGCCUGAGGGAAGCGGAGAUAACGGGCAAACUGCCAAAGGAGUAUCCACUGACUGCAGGCGAGAGACCUCCUCAAAUCAGACGACGAGUUGGCACGGCAUUCAAACUGGAUGAGCUCUUCCCCUAUAAUGAGGACCCAUACCUAAGAAACCUGGAGAGUAGGUUUGCACUACAGCGGAAGAUCGUGGAGGCUGCUAAGAAGCUAGCCAAUGAGGCAGAACUGUGUAAGACAGUGAAAAAAAAGAGGAGGAGGAACUGCCUUGAUGCCAUGCACACGCUCCAGCAGAUCGAGGAAGAGAUGAACCAGUACAGAGUAAAGGAAGGCAAGAAGCCCACUCAGAGAGCAUCUGUGAUCAUAGCAGAUGAGCUUCUUCGUUCAGAGUGUAACUCAGAGUGUAGUCUACCCCUAGAUGACGAUGACUCAGACAGUGUUCAGAGGCCACGGUCACGCUCUGUCCAGUGCUCCCCACAGCUGAGCCCUCCUCACUCCCUCAGGCCAGAGUAUGAUCUGGAGAGACACUGCUCCCCCAGGAACCACCAGCACAAGAACCACAGCAGGCUAGCAUUUGUUGGCCAGGAGUCUUCACAGUACUGCCAGCCGCCCAGAGAGGUCUCCUCAGCACACAGUAGUCCCUCUAAGACCUUACCAAGACCCCCCCGAGACCCCCGCAGCAUGCCCCCCAGCCCCGCCAUGACCCGCAACGCCUAUAGCAGCAGCCAGCUCAGAUUGGAAGGGAGCUCUCAGUGCUUCAGACAUCGAAGUGGCAGUCUGGAGUCUCAGUCCCGGCUGCUGAAGGAGUCAGACCCAGAGAAGCCCAUCUUCACCCUGUCACCAGCCCGCAGAAGCAACAGCAGUGAGGCUCUGGAGGACUGCUCCUCCUACACCAGCCAGUCCAGCCUGGAUUACUUUGGAGCAGGCAACCCCCAUUAUUGCACCUUAGACUCCCGCAGCCGCAACCACCACCACCUACACAGGAAGGUGGAAGUGUAUGGAAACACAGGCAGCAUGCCUAAUCUGGUCCCAAGCCAUGGCGGGUGUAGCUACACAUAUGAGCCCCCAGCACACUAUGCCCCCACAGCCUACUACGUGGCAGGCUAUCCUUGCCCUGAUCUGGAGCCUUAUUCCAACGGUGCCUACGUCUAUGAAAAUGAGGUGGAGGGACACUACAAUGUCAACCCCUCAUACCAGGUGCACGGUUACCAUGGGCACGAAAGAUACAGGCACUACAGCAGCGAGCGAACGGACAGUCUGUCUCAGAACCCCUAUGCCACCAUGAGGCACCCCCGCAGCAAGCAGGGGCCCAGGAACGAGCUGCUAGCCAAGAACAUGCAGAAGGCCAUGGUGGCUGAGCACCUGAGGGGCUGGUACCACCGCACCGGAGGUCCCAGGGAAGCAGGCCGGGGCCUGAUGUAUGACUGUGACAGUGGCUCGCAACUCAGCCUGGGCUACCAGACGAUGCCGGCUCCAUUCAGUCACUCCAGCAGGGCCACCUCCUUUUCCUCAGUCUCCUCAGCAGCCAGCACAGGGAACUGGCGCAGCCAGCUGGCUGUAGGUCUGACAGAGUUUGACAUGGCAGACACACCUACUCACCCAGGAGCCCCUGGCGCUCACUACAGUCGCAGUCCGACACACAGCAGAUUUUCUCCAGAAUGCAAAGUGUUGCGGUCUGACACAAUGCCAAACAAAUCUGAUUCAGUAGAGAUGGUUGGUGCUGAGGCCAGUUGUACUGAGGAAGACCAUUAGACUUCUAUUCAAACACACAAGGAUUCUUCCUGGAUGGAAGCCACAUGGGCUUCCACUGAAGAUGACCAAACUCAGCUCUGGAACACUUACCCAACUGGAAGGACAUGUAACGGUUAAGUUAGUACUGAGUGCAACACAGUUCUUAAGGCCAAUAACAUGAAACUCAUGAAUGACUUUCCCUCGUGCCUUGGAUUGGAUGGAGAUUUAUCCAGGAAGACAAGGAUGUGACAAAGUUAUAAAACACAGGAUAUUGCUGAUUGGGGAAAUGGUUCCGUAUAAUUGUGAAUAUUGUGGAUGAUAUUAAAAUGGAAUGAAAAAAGUGGUAUCCCUGGAACCUUUAAGCUUUCAACUUAGUGUACUUUUACAAGCAGUACGUGUAUUUCAUGCCCUCAUUGUCUUAAAAAUAAAUAUUAGAGAUUUAAACUAAGGACUCACUACAUCUCCAUGUUAAAUGUAGUUAUCUGCAGGAUAUUUCUUUAAAACAUUAGGAAUCCAUUUUGAGUAAUGAUUAUAAUAUUCAAAAAUGUGACAUCCUUUAAAACAGCAUCCUGUGGACUUAAAACUCCAUCUUCACUCAGUUAUCUGAAUGUAUGUCAAUAUUGAGUAUUUUUUGUUGUUAGUGUUUUAUGGUGUUGUAAAUUGCAUGUUGAGAAGCUCAACUUUUGAUAAUCAGGAUUACAUUUUUUGUAUAAACGUAGGCAUAUGACUUUUAACAAGGAUGAUCCUUCAGUGUUCUUUUACAUGUUUCUCUACAUUUGUACAGUGUCUGUGUAUUGUUACAGUAUACUUUGUCAUUUCUAAUGUGAUAGUAAAACCCAUUUCUCAUUUGAAACAGGAAAACAAAUAAAAACCUUGUC